AUGUCGCCAGUGAACAAUAUGGAAACAUCCGAAAUUGUCACUAUUAACGUUUCCAACUCACAAAACGACACCGUCUCAUUUGAACGAAAAUACCCUCGUUCGAUGAAGGUGUACGAAUUUAAGAUGAAAUUAGAACCGAUCACUGGUGCCAGUGCGGACUCAAUGAAGCUGGAGCUAUAUAGCGGAAAUCGAUUGGUGAGCAAACUGGAAGAUGAUACCUCUACCCUCGCAGCAUACCCCAUCGAAGACGGUAUGCGAGUGCACGUUGUCGGUCAGUUUAUGUGUAUGCUUGAAAACGUCGCCAAAUUUGAGCUCUCCCAAGAAGAGUACGACAAAAAAUCAGAUAGCGUGAGAAGUUUUUUGAAGAGGAAUAAACUCGGCAAGUUUAACGAGGAGGAAAUGGCUAAACAGGAGAAUGAGCGGAGACGCCAGGAAGAGGAAAAUCAAAAGAAGCUAGAUGAAACCAACAUAGGUGACCGAUGCCGUGUCACUGCUAAAAACAGCCCCAUACGGUUUGGCACGGUAAUGUACAAGGGACCUCUGGAAGACAAACCGGGAGUAUUUAUUGGCGUUAAAUUUGACGAACCCCUUGGAGUCAAUGACGGCAGCAUGAACGGCAAACGUUACUUCGAUUGUGAUCCCAAAUACGGUAGCUUCGUUGCACCAAAAGCAGUCGAAGUUGGUGAUUUUCCCCCAAUAGAGUUUUCCUUGGAUGAUGAGCUAUAAGCAUACCACAUUGAGAGUCUGUAUGGGGUCAUUCCAUCGAAGCGGUUUAUAAACUAAGUAAAU